UUUUCUGUGUGUCUGUAGACUAUUCUGCCUCACUGAAUUCUGAUCAGUUACCCAUCAAGAGGACAUAUCAUGCAGCAGAUCAGAUCCAUGUUUUCCAGAUGCAUCAAACACGUUUCUUGAUUCCAACAGAUAGUCGUCUGACAGCUACACUGAGUUCUGACAAAGAGGACGUAUUCACAGGAGACAGUGUGACACUGAGCCGUACUGUAGAGUCUUCUGGAUGGAAGUUUUACUGGUACAGACACAGAACAGACUCUACACCUGUUGUGUUAAUAAAGAUGGCUUAUUUCCCAAAGCCUGCGUUUUGGUCUGAGGAUCCUUCUCUCCUCACCUCAUCCGAGGAUGAGGAGAGCGUCACCCGUUACAACACCAGUAACCACAACCUCGGAUACUCCUACACACUCAGCUGGGUCAGUGUCUCUGAUGGAGGACAGUACUGGUGCAGAGCUGGGAGAGGAGACCCAGUCUACUACACCCUGUACAGUGACCCAGUCCAGUUAAACAUUACUGUUUAUUCAGUUAGUUGUCUGUGUUGUGUCUGUGCAGAGAGACCUGUAGCUGUUCUGACCCUCCAACCCAACUGGACCCAGAUAUUCAUUAGAGAGACUGUUACUAUGAGAUGUGACAUACAGGGAGGAGGAGACUCUGACUGGAACUACAGAUGGUAUAAGAAUAGGCAGUUAUUGCUCACCUUAAACACAAAGCCUGAGUACAGAAUCAGUCCUGUCUACUGGUCUAACAGUGGUUCAUAUACCUGUGUGGGUGUAAAGGGCAACAAGAUCUCCAAGACCAGUGAUGUUGUACAACUGACUGUGUCUGAUCAACCUCAACCUGUCCUGAGUAUCUCUCCUCAGUGGCUGAACCCUGGAGACUCAGUGACUCUGAGCUGUGAAGUUGACAAGAUGUCUACAGGCUGGAGGUUCUCCUGGUACAGGACUGUUCCCUACAGAGCUGGGUUACCCUCCCUAUCAGACAAGUCUUACUCUCUACAGCCCCUAUCUGACAAUGGGACUAGUGAAGACUCCUACACUCUGAUCCCUGCUGGUCCUACUCCCACAGGAGGAUAUGUGUGUAGAGCUGGGAGAGGAGACCCAGUCUAUGACACACUCUACAGUGAACCUCAGUUUCUCUGGUCAGGAGCUCUGCCUGUGGCCUCAGUGAGUGUCUCUCCUCAGGGUGUCCUCUACUCUGGAGAGACAGUCAGUCUGCAGUGUGUCAUACCAGACUACACAGACUGGAUGUACCUCUGUUUCAGAGACAACCAUCAUCUUCCCAGUCAGACCAGUAAAGCCAUCGAUAAUACAAUCCCCAUCACUUUGACUGGUCAGGCUGGUCAGUACAGAUGUGAGGGGAAGAGGAUGAGGAGAGAUAGGACCCAGAGGUCACAACCCAGUGAUGACAUUACCAUCAGUGUCACUGCUCUGCCCAAAGCUACACUGACUGUAGAGCCAAACCCUGUGUUCCCUGGAGAGACAGUUACUCUGAUGUGUUCAGUAGGGUCUGACAGUAUCUGGAACUAUCAGUGGUACAAAGACAGGAAUGAUAAUGUAGUAUCCCAGUCUGGUUACAGUAACAUUGGAGUCUCUCACACCAUCAGUAGAGCUGAUGUGUCUGACCAGGGUCAGUACUGGUGUGAAGGGAACAGAGUGUCUAGACCCACAUCUUCACAACCAAGUGGUCCUGUCACUCACUGUAAAAGGUGAGUUACUAGGUGUUUUUUUGUAAA